AUGUCAGCAAACCCACGAAAAAAGGCUACAAUUGAUUCUAUACUUCGUUGGAAUUAUUACAGAGGGAUAAAUGUGAUAUAUGGAAUCGCUCCUAAAAUAAUAUCUAAUCGUAGAUAUACUUACAAACGCGCUUACAAGAAUGCAAUCAAAACCGCACAAUCUAUAUUACAUCAGAAGAUAGAUAAUACCUAUGAGAUAUUUCAUAGAGAAUGGCUUAGUUUUGAGGAUUUUAAGGCAACUAAUACUGUUGAGAGAUUAUGGGAAAGGUUUAUAGAGUAUGCUGGAGCGUAUACUGAAAAUGAUAAUCUCUUGAUAAGUGAAGAGAUAAAAAAAUCUAUAUGCUCCGAUUUUACGAAACACCUAAAUGCACUUAUUCCAAUUAUCGAGAAAUAUGAUGUUUUCUUCCAUAGGUUAGUAUAUCAUAUACGAUAUAAAGAGCAUAUAACAAUCCCAGAUAAAAUUGGCCAACCUGAGACUAUGAGAAAAAAUGAGAUGAUUACUGAACAACCUACCUUAUCUCAUAUAUCGAAAACAGAUCAACUAGCACUUGAGAGUUUUCUAAAUACAUGA